GAGAUAUUCUCGAUGGACAGAGGAUGCCUCAUUGCUUUCUGCACCUGGCGACACGACGAGCAAUAGGAUGGUGGCCCGCCGGCAAGCAUUCGCGCUCAAUUGUUCUACUUCUCUCUCUUGUGGUCUAGGUCCGUGCGCGGCCCAUAUAUGCAACCGACGCAUCUGAGCCUAUCUGAGAGCCAUCGCCACGCAGAGGUGGUCAGGCAUACCCCAACCCUGAACAUGCACUGGUCAGCUGCGGGUACCGCUCGGUCUUUGUACAGCACGCUUCCUCCAAUGAUUAUCUGCAACCGACGAGUGCCUGUCGGCAUACCCGAACGAAUUACUGACAUCGAAUGCCCAUUCAGUCCAUCCUUCUCCUCCUAGCCGGCCUCCUCGAACAGCUCGCCAAGCUCGACCGGAAAGUUCAGAUCGAUGACCACCAUCAGGUCGAGGAAAUGGUCGAACUCAACGGUCGCCUGCAUCCGCAAGAUGAGGAACCUCGGCCUCGCCUCGCUGUGAAGCCGUCGCGAAGGUUAUCGAUGGCCACGCGAAGCAAAUCAGCUGCCUU